AUGCUUGACAGACCCCCCAUCCGCAUCGGCAACGUCUCUGGCGCCACGGGCGACCACCCCCACGCCAUGGCCCGGAUGGUGCGCUCCGGCAACGUCAACGUCAUCACGGGCGACUGGCUCUCCGAGAUGAACAUUGCCUGGAACGCCAUCACCAAGCAAGAGGUUGAUCCGGACUUGGGUUAUGAGAAUGGUUUCUUUGAGCAGCUCGACGAGUGUCUUGAUGACAUUAUGCAGCGGGACAUUCGCGUUGUUACCAAUGCUGGUGCGUUGAAUACUGAGGCGCUGUAUCGAAAGGUUAGGGCGCUUUGUGAGAAGAGGGGGUAUGGGGAUUGUGUUGUUGCUGCGGUUUUGGGUGAUGAUGUUUCGGACGUUGUUAUGGAUGAGAGCAAGAGGAGGGGGUUGGCCAUUACGCACUUGGAUCACCCGGAGCAGACACUCGACACUUGGGGAUUCACUCCUUGCUGUGCUACAGCGUACAUUGGCUGCUGGGGUAUCGUGCAAGCUCUCCGAUCCGGCGCUCGUAUCGUCAUCUGUGGCCGCUGCACUGAUGCCUCCCCUGUCAUGGGCGCCGCCGCUUGGUACCACGGAUGGAGGGAAGACCAGUACGAGGAGCUGGCUGGUUCACUUUUGGCCGCCCACCUGAUCGAGUGUGGUCCUUAUGUCGUCGGGGCCAACUUUUCGGGUUUCAAGGACUUUUUGCCCGAACUGGUCGACAUUGCGUUUCCCAUUGCUGAGAUUGAUCCCAGAGGACGCUGUGUUAUUGGAAGGACUAGCGAAGGAGGUGGCCGUGUGACGAAAGAGACAGUCACGGCUCAGUUGCUCUAUGAGCUUCAAGGGCAUCUUUACUUGAACCCCGAUGUCGUGGCAGACCUGUCAGGCGUGAGAGUUGAGCAGGAGACGACAAAUCGGGUGGCUGUCUCUGGAGUCAAGGGCCGUCCUCCACCUGCCACGACAAAGGUCAUGAUCGCUGCCAAGGGUGGGUUCCAGGCUGAAGCGACCUUUUACAUCAACGGUCUCGAUGUGGCGGAAAAGGCAGCCAUGAUGAAGGCGCAGCUGGCGCACAUGUUCAAGGACAGCAACUUUAGCCGUCUCAGCAUCGAGCUCUACGGAACACCAGCCGACAACCCGACAUCUCAGCAGGCGGGCACCGUGUCGCUGAGGGUAUUUGCGCAAGCAAGAAAGAAGGAGGAUAUCGAGUCGAGCAAGUUCAAGGUUCCCAUCUAUGCGCUGCGGAUGCAGAGCUAUCCUGGCUACCACAUGAACCUCGACUUUCGGACCAUGACGCCUAAGCCGUUUAUGGAGAUGUUUCCUGCGCUUAUGCCCAUGUCUGCCAUUGACCAUCGGGUUGAGAUGAGUACCGGCGAGGUGCUGCGUGUUCAACCACCGAGCAAGACGGCUACUUACCCGAUUGUUCGACCGUCGGCGGAUACGUAUGGGCCUGUGGACAUGCUCACCUUUGGACCGACCGAGUGGGCGCCCCUGGGGAGCGUGGUGCAUGCUCGGUCUGGUGACAAGGGGGAUAACUCGAAUGUUGGCUUCUUUGUGCGGAACGACGACGAGUAUCCCUGGUUGCGGAACCUGUUGACCGUGUCAAAGAUUAAGCAGCUCUUUGGGGAUGAUUGGUUCAAGGGAAACCCCGACAGGAGGGUGGAGAGAGUUGAGUUUCCUGGCGUCAAUGCCGUGCACUUCCGUAUUUUGGAUAAUCUCAAUGGCGGGAUUGCUUCGUCUGAUCGGAUCGAUGGGCUUGGGAAGGGUAUUGCAGAGUAUCUGAGGAGUCGAUACGUGGAUGUCCCAAAGGCGUUUCUUGAAAGGGGACGAAUUUAA